AUGCCCGACCUCGUCGGCUCAGUCAACCACUUUGACAUCAAACGCAAAGCUCACGGCCUCAGCCGCAAGAGCACAGAGCAGACAUGGAACCCGUUCCGCCAUGUGUCCUGGGAUAACCGCCCCAGCAAGCGCUCCACCUGGGACGGCGCCAACCUCGAGGCCCAGCGCGAGGUCCCCAGCAGAGCCGCCGACGACGCAGAGACCGAGGAGCCGAUACACCACGUCCAGAGCGAGCCCGCGCCCCGGGACUCCGACACCGUACGCAGCCUGAGCAAGGACACGAGGACGGGGAGCGGCAGCGGCGAGACCAUGUUCGAGAACAAGAAGGAACAGGAGGCCGCAGACACCGGCCUGAGGAAUCGAAAGACCGACGCCGCCGGCGCGCAGGGCAGCUCACCACCCGACGAGGAGGAGAGGGAGAAGCCCAAGAAGCAAAAGUCCGGCCUCAUCCGCCACGUCGAGCCCAAGCAGCCUUUCACCGUCGCCAACCAGCUGCAGAGGACGCUGCUCUGCUCGUGGAUCAACGUCCUGAUCCUCGCCGCCCCGGCCGGCAUCGCCAUCUCCUACGUCAACGUCAGCAAGAUCGCCGUCUUCGUCGUCAACUUUAUCGCCAUCAUCCCCCUCGCCGCCAUGCUCGGCUUCGCCACGGAGGAAAUCGCCCUGCGCACCGGCGAGUCGCUCGGCGGCCUCCUCAACGCGACCUUCGGCAACGCCGUCGAGCUCAUCGUCGCCAUCAUCGCGCUCGCCGAGAACAAGCCCCUCAUCGUGCAGACCUCCCUCAUCGGCUCCAUCCUCUCGAACCUGCUGCUCGUCAUGGGCUUCUGCUUCUUCUUCGGCGGCCUCCGUCGCCCGGAGCAGUACUUCAACACCACCGUCGCGCAGACCGCCGCGUCCCUGCUCGCGCUCGCCGUCGCCUCCGUGAUUGUGCCCUCCGUCUUCGACAAGAACGACGGCACCAACAACCCGACCCACGUCGCGCAGCUGUCCCGCGGCACCGCCGUCAUCCUGCUCAUCAUCUACGCGUCGUACCUCUUCUUCCAGCUCAAGACGCACUCGGCCGUCUUCAACGAGGAGUCGCAGAAGGUCGCCGCGAAGCCGUGGUCGCGCGGCGGGCUCAAGGAGGGCGCCCUCGGCCGUGGCUUGGCGGGAGCCGGCGCGCGCAUGGCGCAGACGGGCGUGCGCGACCAUGACGAGCGGGCCGAGCUCAGCCGGAUUAUGAUGCAGCGCCCCAAGGAGGGCGAGGAUGACGACGAGGAGGAGGACCCUCAGCUGCACUUCCUGGUCGCGGUCGGCACGCUUGCUGGUUCUACGGUUCUGAUUGCCUUCUGCGCCGAGGCCAUGGUUUCGUCCAUCGACGCGGUGACGAAGGCGUCGGGUAUCAGCGAGGAGUUCGUCGGUCUGAUUCUGCUGCCUAUUGUGGGCAACGCCGCGGAGCACGCGACGGCUGUGACGGUUGCGAUCAAGGACAAGAUGGACCUGGCGAUUGGCGUGGCGGUCGGCUCGAGUAUGCAGGUCGCGCUGUUCCUGAUCCCGCUGCUGGUGAUCAUCGGCUGGGGCAUGGGCAAGGACGAUAUGACGAUGAGCUUUGACCUGUUCCAGGUCGCGGUGCUGUUUGUGGCGGUGCUGUUGGUGAACUACCUCAUCAGCGACGGGAAGAGUCACUGGCUUGAGGGGUUGCAGCUCAUUUGUCUGUAUGCCAUUAUUGCCGUGUGUUCAUGGUGGUACCCCGCCGAGAACGUCGCUGGCUAA